CCCCUCUAUCCAUCUCUUCCUCUCUGUUUUUCCAUGUUUUGUUUUCUGUGUUUUUGAUAGCUCAUGAAUUAGAAACCCAAGAUAUGAAGAAGAUCAAUUUGCUAUUAAGGAAGUGCAAGAGCUUGUCAACCCAGCUAGGGAGAUCUUCAUCGUAUAGCAGUCUGCGGUCCAAAUCGACUAGAGAAGAUUUAUAUGAUGGCAAUAACAUCAUGCAUGAGAAUCAUCAGCAAACUACUAUAUUUGUUGGAAGCACCAGAAAGCGUUACGUGAUCAGCUCCAAGUACAUGAGCCAUCCUUUGUUGAAUGCUUUAAUCGAUAAGUCAUCAAAUAAGCUCUGUAACAAUCUAGGAGAUGAUCGUGACGAUGAGAAUAUCUUGGUGAAAUGCGAGGUGGUUCUCUUUGAUCACUUGUUAUGGAUGCUGGAGAAUGGAGAUCCAAGCUUUGGAGGUACUUCAGAGUCCUUGGAGGAAUUGGCUGCACUCUAUGUGUUCUAAUGCUGGUCGAAUAAAAUGCAUGGGGAACCAGUUAGCUUUGAAACUGCGUCAUUUGAAACCUGGUUAAUGGUUUGGCAUGGUUUCUCUUUACGAUGCUAUGAAUGAUUCUCUCUAGUUAGGUCUUCUUUGUCUUUUGUUUCAAGUUCUAAAAAAAC